AUGCCGCACACCUCCUGCCGACACCCCCGCGUCCGCCGCGAAUUCCGCGAACUCUCCGAACACGACCGCGAGCGGUACAUCCUCGCCACGGUCUGCCUGCGCGAGCAGCCCUCCCGCCUGUCCACCCGCGAGACGCAGUGGGUCAGAGAUGGGGUCGGGCGAAAAAUCGCGAUGCCGAGUCUGUAUGAUGAUUUUGUGUAUGUGCAUUGGAGGGUUGCGGCGGAGACGCAUGGGACGCCGCAGUUCCUUCCGUGGCAUCGAAUCUUCAUCUCGCUUUAUGAACGAGCUUUGAUCAGGCACUGUGGAUGGGACGAGGGCAUCCCCUUCUGGGACUGGUCCCACGACUCCCAAUCCCCCGAAACCUCCAUCCUCUGGUCCGCCAGGUUCUACGGCCGCCCCACACCCUCCACACCCGGGUCCUCGCCCGACUCUUCCCCCUCGUCUUCCCACUUCAUCGGCGCCUCCAACUUCACCCACCUCUUCGCCACCUGGCCGUCCCCGCACCCGAUUGACCGCAACUGGGUGCAAGGCCCCCAGGGAACGCUGAUCCCCGCGACGUUCAGCCCCGUGGAACUGGAGAUGAUCACCGGGAUGGCGCGAUACGGGCUGUUCCGGAGCUUUUUGGAGACGUUGCCGCAUAAUCUGGUGCAUUCGGGGGUCGGCGGGGACGGCGGGGAUUUCGCGACCGCGCCUACGAAUCCCAUCUUCUGGCUUCAUCACGGGAAUAUCGACCGCCACUGGGCCCGCUGGCAACACCACCACCUCCACAUCGCACACACGUACGAAGGCUACCCGGACUCCAACAACGCCACCGUAGACGACAUGAUGCAUUACUCGGGGAUGUACCCGGACGUUCCGGUCCGGUACGCGCUCCGAUACGGGAAUGAAAGCAACGGCUAUGACGAGGAAGGGGACGUUUUGCCGGAUGCGGAGUUGUUGGUGAGUUGA